AUGCGCUCAUCCCUCAUCCGCCGUGCGACGCACGCGUACCAGCCUAUGAUCAAGUUUGUGGGGUCAAGGAAGAACAUUGAGCACCCUCCGCACGCACCUGCUCCUCACCCCGCCGCUCCCCAGUCCGUAAAAGACGACUUCCAGUCCUUCCUCGCCAAGCUCCAAUCCCAAUCAUCCGGUCUCUCAGCCAGCUCCAACCCUAAAGGGCAGAGCCUCUCAUCCUCCGCUCAAGGACACGUUCGGUCAGAAGAUUCCAGCUCGGGCGACAGCUCCAGGCCAAGUGCGGGCAAUCACAGCGGACCCGCAGGAAGUAGUGCGGCGGGCUAUGGCGGUGUAGGAGAGGGUAUGGGCGGGGAUGGACAAGGAGAGAAGACGGUAUCGCGCGGCGGCGGGGGUGCGAGCUUGAGUGGAGUUGGAGGUGGGCAGGGGCAGAAGAACGUGGAGAAGACGUCAGGACCGAUGGCGUCCAAGCCUGCAGAUUAUGAUAAUUUCUGGGAGGCGCCGGGGUACUUGUGGAAGAUUCCUGAAGUGAGCGAUAGGGAGAGCGAGGCGGUCAUGAGCGGAGGAGCGACAGAUAUUCGCCGGCGAUUUUGA